AGCCACUUUUACAAAAAUGUCUUUUCGCUGAUUAGGUUUUGUCAAUGUCAUUAAUACUCAAAUUCAUCAAUUCAAGAAUUACAAAGCACAUUUCUUUAAUUUUCUCCGGUUUCAAGAAUUACAAAACACAUUUCUUUAAUUUUCUCCGGUUUCCAAAUACCGAUGGUGUGCUCUCUGCUAUGCCCUAUCUGAAUUCUGAACCAUGGGAUCGGCAGAACCUUCUAAAGCUUCAAUUAAUGAUGACGGCGGUGGCGCCUCCACUUCCGGCAGCGUGAAGAAGUUCCCUCUGGCAGCGCAGCCGGAGAUUAUGAGGGCCGCUGAGAAAGAUGACCAGUACGCCUCCUUCGUCUAUGAAGCUUGCCGUGAUGCUUUUCGUCACCUCUUCGGUACAAGAGUCGCUGUAGCUUACCAGAAUGAGGCAAAACUCUUAGGGCAGAUGCUCUAUUAUAUGCUGACAACUGGUGCAGGGAAACAAACAUUAGGAGAAGAAUACUGUGACAUCACUCAGGUUGCAGGGCCAUAUGGACUUUCGCCAACACCUGCAAGACGUGCUCUUUUUAUUUUCCAUCAGUCAGCUGUUCCUUAUAUUGCAGAAAGAGUCAGUUCUAGGGUAGCUUCCCGUGGCAUCACCCUGGCUGAUUCAAUGGCUGACUAUCCAUUUGGGGAUGUUCCUACUUCAAGCAACGAAGCUGAGCCAUCACCAACUGUUGAGAUACAGUCAUAUUCAACAUCCACUUCAUCAAUUUCAGCUCUUUCACUAUUGAAAGCCAAGAUGAGGGAUUUCUGGUUGUAUGCAGUUCGAAGGUGGCCUUCGGUGCUUCCUCUUGUUCGUGAGAUCUUGCAAUUGGUUAUCCGGACAAAUCUCAUGUUCUUCUAUUUUGAAGGACUUUAUUACCAUAUAUCAAAACGUGCUGCGGGCAUUCACUAUGUGUUCAUUGGAAAACCUAUGAACCAACGACCUCGAUAUCAAAUACUAGGGGUCUUCCUUCUAAUUCAAUUAUGUAUUCUUGCUGCUGAAGGUCUGAGGCGUAGUAGUUUAUCAUCCGUUUCAGCUUCUGCUCAACAAGCUCCCUUUGGAACCUAUCGAACUUCUGCAGGCCGAGGUUUACCUGUUUUAAACGAGGAAGGCAAUCUAAUAACUGCCGAAAGUGAGAAGUAUGGAUUGGUUGCUGAACCCACAUCAACCUUAGAGUCUCAGGGAAGCAGUCCAAGCAAAUGCACGCUUUGCCUAAGCAGCCGCCAACAUCCAACAGCCACGCCUUGUGGUCACGUCUUUUGCUGGAACUGCAUAAUGGAAUGGUGCAAUGAGAAGCCUGAAUGUCCUCUUUGCCGUUCUCCUGUAACACACUCAAGCUUAGUUUGUCUGUAUCAUUCAGAUUUUUAGUCAUGGAUAGGUUCGAUAUUGCAAAAAAGAUGACUGCAUAAUAAAUCAUGAAGGGCAGGUCUGUUCUAAAUGUGUCGGAAAGAUUCAGUAUGUACUCACUACCUGGAAUGUGAAAUCCUGUUUUCUUUUCUUUUGCUCACACACGGCUCUGGAAGUGCUGUUGGGGGUAAAAGGGUGGUUGUGAGCUGUGGAAGGAAGGAGACUUUGGCAGCUAAUUUGCCAAAGUUAAUCAGGUUAACUUUGGUGCCGGUGCCAUGCAUAGUGGUGUAGCAGAUCAUCUUAUCUAAAGUAAGCACAUAACAGUUUUACUUGCUUUA